AUGCGGCGGGGGGCGCUGCUGGAGGUCGCCCUGGGAUUUACCGUGCUCCUCGCGUCCUACACGAGCUACGGCGCGGACGCCAACUCGGAGGCGGCUGGGAACGUGAAGGAGACCCGAGCCAGCCGGGCCAAGAGGAGAGGGGGCGGCGGACACGACGCGCUGAAGGGGCCCAAUGUCUGCGGAUCACAUUUUAGUGCUUACUGUUGUCCCGGAUGGAAGACCUUACCUGGGGGAAAUCAGUGUAUCGUCCCCAUUUGCCGGCAUUCCUGUGGGGACGGAUUCUGUUCAAGGCCAAAUAUGUGCACUUGUCCAUCUGGUCAGAUAGCCCCUUCCUGCGGCUCGAGAUCCAUACAACACUGUAACAUCCGCUGCAUGAAUGGAGGUAGCUGCAGCGACGACCACUGUCUCUGCCAGAAAGGAUACAUAGGGACGCACUGCGGACAGCCUGUCUGUGAAAGCGGCUGCCUCAACGGAGGGAGGUGCGUGGCCCCCAAUCGCUGCGCCUGCACGUAUGGCUUCACGGGACCCCAGUGUGAAAGAGAUUACAGGACCGGGCCGUGCUUUACAGUGGUCAGCAACCAGAUGUGCCAAGGCCAGCUCAGCGGGAUCGUCUGCACGAAGACCCUGUGCUGUGCCACCGUGGGCCGGGCUUGGGGCCACCCCUGCGAGAUGUGUCCGGCCCAGCCCCACCCCUGCCGCCGCGGCUUCAUCCCCAACAUCCGCACCGGAGCGUGUCAAGAUGUGGAUGAAUGCCAGGCCAUCCCCGGGCUCUGUCAGGGAGGAAAUUGCAUUAAUACUGUUGGGUCUUUUGAGUGCAAAUGCCCUGCUGGACACAAGUUUAAUGAAGUGUCACAAAAAUGCGAAGAUAUUGAUGAAUGCAGCACCUUUCCUGGAAUCUGCGACGGGGGUGAAUGUACGAACACUGUCAGCAGUUACUUUUGCAAAUGUCCGCCUGGGUUUUACACCUCUCCUGAUGGAACCCGAUGCAUAGAUGUUCGCCCCGGGUACUGUUACACGGCUCUGGCAAAUGGCCGCUGCUCCAACCAGCUACCGCAGUCCAUCACCAAAAUGCAGUGCUGCUGUGACACCGGCAGGUGCUGGUCUCCUGCGGUCACUGUCGCCCCUGAGAUGUGUCCCAUCAGAUCGACAGAGGAUUUCAACAAGCUGUGCUCCAUCCCUAUGGUGAUUCCUGCGAGGCCAGAGUACCCCCCUCCACCCCUUGGUCCCCUUCCUCCUGUCCAGCCCGUCCCUCCUCUCUUUCCUUCUGGACCUGUUGGUCCCGUCCCUCGGCCGCCAGUCGACUAUCUGUAUCCAUCUCGAGAACCAAUGGUGGUGCCAUUCAAUAUCACCACCGAUUAUUGCCAGUUGGUCCGCUAUCUCUGCCAGAAUGGACGCUGCAUUCCCACGCCUGGGAGCUACAGGUGCGAGUGCAACAAAGGCUUCCAGCUGGACCUCCGGGGGGAGUGCAUCGAUGUGGACGAAUGUGAGAAGAAUCCUUGCAUGGGGGGAGAGUGUAUCAACACGCCGGGCUCAUACACCUGCCACUGCCGCACUGGCUACCAGAGCACGCUCACCAGGACGGAGUGCCGAGACAUUGACGAGUGCUUGCAGAACGGCAGGAUCUGCAACAACGGCCGCUGCAUCAACACCGACGGCAGCUUCCACUGCGUGUGCAACGCAGGCUUUCAUGUCACGCGGGACGGGAAGAACUGUGAAGAUAUGGACGAGUGCAGCAUCAGGAACAUGUGCCUGAAUGGGAUGUGCAUCAACGAGGAUGGCAGCUUCAAGUGCAUCUGCAAACCUGGCUUCCAGCUGGCCUCGGACGGGCGGUAUUGCAAAGACAUUAAUGAGUGCGAGACCCCCGGGAUCUGCAUGAACGGGCGCUGCGUGAACACGGACGGCUCCUACCGCUGCGAAUGCUUCCCGGGGCUGGCCGUGGGCCUGGACGGCCGCGUGUGUGUAGACACACACAUGCGGAGCACCUGCUACGGGGGCUACAAGCGGGGCCAGUGUGUCAAGCCCCUGUUCGGCGCCGUCACGAAGUCCGAAUGCUGCUGCGCCAGCACCGAGUACGCGUUCGGGGAGCCCUGCCAGCCGUGUCCCGCCCAGAACUCAGCGGAGUAUCAGGCGCUGUGCAGCAGCGGGCCAGGAAUGACAUCGGCGGGCUCUGAUAUAAACGAAUGUGCAUUAGAUCCUGAUAUUUGCCCGAAUGGAAUUUGUGAAAAUCUCCGUGGGACCUACAAAUGUAUAUGCAAUUCAGGAUAUGAAGUGGACAUAACUGGAAAAAACUGUGUCGAUAUUAAUGAAUGCGUGCUGAACAGCCUACUUUGUGACAACGGACAGUGUAGAAACACUCCUGGAAGUUUCGUCUGUACCUGUCCCAAGGGAUUCAUAUACAAACCGGACCUGAAAACCUGUGAAGAUAUUGAUGAAUGUGACUCGAGUCCUUGCAUUAAUGGUGUCUGCCGGAACAACCAGGGCUCUUUCAGCUGUGAAUGCUCUCCCGAAAGUACUUUGGAUCCAACAAAAACCAUCUGCAUAGAAACCAUCAAGGGCACUUGCUGGCAGACGGUCAUCGACGGGCGGUGUGAGAUCAACAUCAACGGAGCCACCUUGAAGUCCCAGUGCUGCUCUUCCCUUGGUGCAGCCUGGGGCAGUCCCUGCACCAUCUGCCAAGUCGAUCCUGUAUGUGGUAAAGGGUACUCAAGAAUUAAAGGAACACAAUGUGAAGAUAUCGAUGAAUGUGAGGUGUUCCCAGGCGUGUGCAAAAACGGCCAAUGUGUCAACAUCAGAGGAUCGUUCAAGUGCCAGUGCCCCAGUGGGAUGACUUUGGACACCACAGGAAGGAUUUGCCUUGACAUCCGCCUGGAGACCUGCUUCCUGAGGUACGAAGAUGAGGAGUGCACGGUGCCCAUCGCAGGCCGCCACCGCAUGGACGCCUGCUGCUGCUCUGUCGGGGCCGCCUGGGGCACCGAGGAGUGUGAGGAGUGUCCUGUGAGGAGCACGCCCGAGUAUGAGGAGCUCUGCCCUAGAGGCCCUGGAUUCGCCACCAAAGAUAUCACAAAUGGAAAACCUUUCUUCAAAGACAUCAACGAGUGCAAGAUGAUCCCGAGCCUCUGCACCCAUGGCAAGUGCCGCAACACCAUCGGCAGCUUCAAGUGCAGGUGCGACAGUGGCUUCGCUCUUGAUUCUGAAGAGAGGAACUGCACAGACAUUGAUGAGUGCCGCAUCUCUCCCGACCUCUGUGGCCGGGGCCAGUGUGUCAACACUCCAGGGGACUUUGAGUGCAAGUGCGAUGUGGGCUACGAGAGCGGCUUCAUGAUGAUGAAGAACUGCAUGGAUAUCGACGAGUGUCAGAGAGACCCUCUCCUCUGCCGAGGGGGCGUGUGCCUGAACACGGAGGGGAGUUACCGCUGCGAGUGCCCGGCUGGCCACCAGCUGUCCCCAAACAUCUCCGCGUGCAUCGACAUCAAUGAGUGCGAGCUGAGCGCCAACCUCUGCCCCAAUGGCCGCUGCGUGAACCUCAUGGGGAAAUACCAGUGCGCCUGCAACCCGGGCUACCACUCCACGCCAGACAGGCUCUUCUGUGUGGACAUUGAUGAGUGCAGCAUAAUGAAUGGUGGGUGCGAAACCUUCUGCACAAACUCAGAAGGCAGCUAUGAAUGUAGCUGUCAGCCGGGAUUCGCACUGAUGCCUGACCAGAGAUCAUGUACUGACAUUGAUGAGUGUGAAGAUAAUCCCAAUAUCUGUGAUGGUGGCCAGUGUACAAAUAUACCUGGGGAGUACAGGUGUUUGUGUUACGAUGGAUUCAUGGCAUCUGAAGACAUGAAGACUUGUGUAGAUGUCAAUGAAUGUGACCUGAAUCCAAAUAUCUGUCUGAGUGGGACCUGUGAAAACACCAAAGGAUCAUUCAUCUGCCACUGUGACAUGGGCUAUUCAAGCAAAAAAGGAAAAACUGGCUGUACAGACAUCAAUGAGUGUGAAAUUGGAGCACACAACUGUGGCAGGCAUGCUGUGUGCGCCAACACCGCGGGAAGCUUCAAAUGUAGCUGCAGCCCCGGUUGGAUUGGAGAUGGCAUAAAGUGCACAGACCUGGACGAGUGCUCCAAUGGAACCCACAUGUGCAGCCAGCACGCGGACUGCAAGAACACCAUGGGGUCCUACCGGUGCCUCUGCAAGGAGGGGUACACGGGUGACGGCUUCACGUGCACAGACCUGGACGAGUGCUCGGAGAACCUGAACCUCUGCGGCAACGGCCAGUGCCUCAACGCCCCGGGCGGCUACCGCUGCGAGUGCGACAUGGGCUUCGUGCCCAGCGCUGACGGGAAGGCCUGUGAAGAUAUCGACGAGUGCUCCCUCCCGAGCAUCUGUGUCUUUGGAACUUGCCACAACCUUCCUGGCCUGUUCCGCUGCGAAUGUGACAUCGGCUACGAGCUAGACAGGAGCGGCGGCAACUGCACAGAUGUUAAUGAGUGCCUGGACCCCACCACAUGCAUCAGUGGAAACUGUGUCAACACCCCAGGCAGCUACACCUGCGAUUGUCCACCUGAUUUUGAGCUGAAUCCAACUCGAGUUGGCUGUGUUGAUACCCGCUCCGGAAAUUGCUAUCUGGAUAUCCGGCCCCGGGGGGACAACGGAGACACAGCCUGCAGCAACGAGAUCGGAGUUGGUGUCUCCAAGGCUUCCUGCUGCUGCUCUCUGGGGAGAGCCUGGGGCACCCCCUGUGAAGUGUGCCCUGCUGUGAACACGUCGGAGUACAAAAUUCUUUGCCCUGGAGGAGAAGGUUUCCGUCCAAACCCCAUCACUGUUAUAUUGGAAGAUAUUGACGAGUGCCAGGAGCUCCCGGGGCUGUGCCAGGGAGGGAAAUGCAUCAACACCUUCGGCAGUUUCCAGUGCCGCUGUCCAACAGGCUACUAUCUGAACGAGGACACGCGGGUGUGUGACGACGUGAACGAAUGUGAGACUCCUGGGAUCUGUGGGCCAGGGACGUGCUACAACACCGUCGGCAACUACACCUGCAUCUGCCCCCCAGACUACAUGCAAGUGAAUGGGGGAAAUAACUGCAUGGACAUGAGAAGAAGCUUAUGCUACAGAAACUACUACGCCGACAACCAGACCUGUGACGGAGAACUGCUGUUCAACAUGACCAAGAAGAUGUGCUGCUGUUCCUACAACAUCGGCAGGGCCUGGAACAAGCCCUGCGAGCAAUGUCCCAUCCCGAGCACAGACGAAUUUGCCACCCUCUGUGGGAGCCAGCGGCCUGGGUUUGUCAUUGACAUUUACACUGGUUUGCCUGUUGAUAUCGAUGAGUGCCGGGAGAUCCCAGGGGUCUGUGAAAAUGGCGUGUGCAUCAACAUGGUUGGCAGCUUCCGAUGUGAGUGCCCCGUGGGAUUCUUCUACAACGACAAGCUGCUGGUUUGUGAAGACAUUGACGAGUGUCAGAAUGGCCCGCUGUGCCAGCGCAACGCGGAGUGCAUCAACACGGCCGGCAGCUACCGCUGUGACUGCAAGCCUGGCUACCGCCUCACCUCCACGGGGCAGUGCAAUGAUCGCAACGAAUGCCAAGAAAUCCCCAACAUCUGCAGCCAUGGGCAGUGUAUUGACACUGUGGGGAGCUUUUAUUGCCUUUGCCACACUGGCUUCAAAACAAAUCCUGAUCAAACCAUGUGUCUGGACAUAAACGAGUGCGAACGAGAUGCCUGCGGGAACGGGACCUGCAGAAACACCAUCGGCUCCUUCAACUGCCGCUGCAACCAUGGCUUCAUCCUCUCGCACAACAACGACUGCAUCGACGUUGAUGAGUGUGCAACCGGAAAUGGGAACCUGUGCAGAAACGGCCAGUGCGUCAACACCGUGGGCUCCUUCCAGUGCCGGUGCAAUGGCGGCUACGAGAUCGCCCCCGACGGCAGGACCUGCGUGGAUAUCAACGAAUGUCUCCUAGAGCCUAGAAAAUGCGCCCCUGGCACCUGCCAGAACCUGGACGGGUCCUACCGCUGCAUCUGCCCGCCGGGGUACAGCCUGCAGAAUGACAAGUGCGAAGAUAUCGAUGAGUGUGUGGAGGAGCCUGAAAUCUGUGCCCUGGGCACCUGCAGCAACACCGAGGGCAGCUUCCGCUGUCUGUGUCCGGAAGGGUUCUCCCUGUCGUCCACCGGAAGGCGGUGCCAAGAUUUGAGAAUGAGCUACUGCUAUGCGAAGUUCGAAGGAGGGAAGUGCUCUUCACCCAAAUCCAGAAACCACUCGAAGCAGGAGUGCUGCUGCGCCCUGAAGGGAGAAGGCUGGGGCGACCCCUGUGAGCUGUGCCCCACAGAGCCCGACGAGGCUUUCCGCCAGAUCUGUCCCUUCGGAAGUGGCAUCAUCGUGGGGCCUGACGAUUCCGCAGUUGAUAUGGAUGAGUGCAAAGAGCCUGAUGUCUGCAGACACGGGCAGUGCAUCAACACAGACGGCUCCUACCGCUGCGAGUGUCCCUUCGGCUACAUCCUGGAAGGGAACGAGUGUGUGGACACCGAUGAGUGUUCCGUGGGGAACCCGUGCGGCAAUGGGACCUGCAAGAAUGUGAUUGGAGGCUUCGAAUGCACCUGCGAGGAGGGCUUCGAGCCUGGCCCGAUGAUGACGUGUGAAGAUAUCAAUGAAUGUGCCCAGAACCCUCUGCUUUGUGCCUUCCGAUGUGUGAACACUUACGGGUCCUAUGAGUGCAAAUGUCCUGCCGGCUACGUCCUGAGAGAAGACAGGCGGAUGUGCAAAGACGAGGAUGAGUGCGAGGAGGGCAAGCACGACUGUGCGGAGAAGCAGAUGGAGUGCAAGAACCUCAUCGGCACCUACAUGUGCAUCUGCGGCCCCGGCUACCAGCGCAGGCCCGAUGGGGAGGGCUGUGUGGAUGAGAAUGAGUGUCAGACCCGGCCGGGGAUCUGUGAGAACGGCCGCUGCCUCAACGCACUCGGGAGCUACAUUUGCGAGUGCAACGAUGGCUUCACAGCCAGCCCCACCCAGGACGAGUGUCUCGACAAUCGGGAAGGGUACUGCUUCACGGAGGUGCUGCAGAACAUGUGCCAGAUCGGCUCCAGCAACAGGAACCCGGUCACCAAGUCUGAGUGCUGCUGCGACGGAGGGCGAGGCUGGGGCCCGCACUGUGAGAUCUGCCCUUUCCAGGGCACUGUGGCCUUCAAAAAGCUCUGCCCCCACGGCCGCGGGUUCAUGACCAACGGAGCAGAUAUUGAUGAAUGCAAGGUUAUUCAUGAUGUUUGCCGAAACGGGGAAUGUGUCAAUGACAGAGGCUCCUAUCAUUGCAUUUGUAAAACCGGCUACACUCCGGAUAUAACUGGGACUGCCUGUGUGGAUCUCAACGAGUGCGACCAGGCUCCCAAACCCUGCAAUUUCAUCUGCAAAAACACAGAGGGGAGUUACCAGUGUUCAUGCCCGAAAGGCUACAUCCUGCAAGAGGACGGGAGGAGCUGCAAAGAUCUUGACGAGUGUGCGACCAAGCAGCACAACUGCCAGUUCCUGUGUGUGAACACCAUCGGCGGCUUCACGUGCAAGUGUCCUCCCGGGUUCACCCAGCACCACACGGCCUGCAUUGACAACAAUGAGUGCACCUCAGACAUCAACCUGUGCGGUUCCAAAGGCAUUUGCCAGAACACACCUGGGAGCUUCACCUGUGAAUGCCAGCGGGGCUUCUCCCUGGACCAGAGCGGGGCCAGCUGCGAAGACGUGGAUGAGUGCGAAGGCAACCACCGCUGCCAGCACGGCUGCCAGAACAUCAUCGGAGGCUACAGGUGCAGCUGCCCGCAGGGCUACCUGCAGCACUACCAGUGGAACCAGUGUGUCGAUGAGAAUGAGUGUCUCAGUGCACACAUCUGCGGAGGAGCCUCCUGUCACAACACCCUGGGGAGCUACAAGUGCAUGUGUCCGGCCGGCUUCCAGUACGAGCAGUUCAGCGGCGGAUGCCAGGACAUCAACGAGUGCGGCUCCUCGCAGGCCCCCUGCAGCUACGGCUGCUCCAACACGGAGGGCGGCUACCUGUGUGGCUGUCCCCCAGGCUACUUCCGGAUUGGACAAGGGCACUGCGUUUCAGGGAUGGGCAUGGGCCGCGGGGGCCCAGAACCACCGGUCAGUGGUGAAAUGGAUGACAACUCCCUGUCCCCAGAAGCUUGCUACGAGUGCAAGAUCAAUGGCUACCCUAAGCGGGGCAGGAAGCGGAGAAGCACAAAUGAAACCAAGGCCUCUGAAGUUGAGGAUGGGUCGGAGCCGGAAGCCAGUGUGAGUCUGGCAAGUUGGGAUGUGGAGAAACCAGCCACCUUCGCUUUCAACAUUUCCCUCAUCAGUAACAAGGUCCGAAUCCUAGAACUCCUCCCCGCCCUGACGACGCUGGCGAAUCACAACAGAUACUUGAUUGAAUCUGGAAAUGAAGAUGGCUUCUUCAGAAUCAACAAAAAGGAAGGGAUCAGCUACCUCCACUUCACAAAGAAGAAGCCCGUGGCUGGAAGCUACUCAUUACAAAUCAGUAGUACUCCGCUUUAUAGAAAGCAAGAACUCAACCAGCUAGAAGACAACUAUGACAAAGACUACCUCAGUGGGGAACUGGGUGACAAUCUGAAGAUGAAAAUUCAGAUCUUGCUUCAUUAAUUCACCACUCAGAGACCAAAUCUUUCAGAGAAAAACAACUCUAGAUAGGUAGAAUUUUAUUUUCCCCCCAGUCAGAGUCUUCAUAUCAUAGGUACAAUCUCUCAUCAAGUAAAUUUGUAUAAAUAAGCACUAGUCUUGUCUUACAAAAGCGAGGUACAGGCGGUUACCCUAGUUCAGACAACCACUCUCUCAGACUUCUUGUGUAGUGAAGCUACGGGGUCACCUGGGUUGGUUCUUGAAGGGGGAUGCAGCCAUGCACUGGGGUUGCCAUCUGUGCCAAGCACACCCUCCUGCCCGCACACCUACUGGAAUGUGGUUCCAUUUGAAGGACUAUUCUAUUUUUUUUCAAAUUUUGAAACUUCGCUUUUCCAAAUACAAGUACUAGGUCGGCUGUUCAUAAUAUCUAUUUGGUGCUAGUAAAUUUCCAAACUAGAUUUAUAAAAUGCACUGUAUUAUUUACACAACUAAGAAACCAAAUUACAAGUACUCAGUUCAAAUACUUCAUUCAUUUCAAUCAACCAAAGUUAGUUCAGUAGCUUAUCUCAGUUAUGAGUAUAAUACAUUACAUGUAAAUUAAGUGUGUGUAUACUGUAACCGUGCUAUUUUUUAUCAUUGAAACAUUUAUAAACGAGAAUAAUAAUGCCCUUAAUGUGAGGGUUUGUAUGGUGCUUAUUAAGACCAAAGACUUGUUAACUGUCUACACCAAGUGGCAGUGGGAUUUCUGUGACUGGCCCGCGUGUGCAGUGGAGUCGAGGAGCACCGGGAAACAGCUUCCAAAGCCGGAGGAUUUCCGUGGGCUUCUUCGUCACAGCCCGUGCAAUAUGCCAGUCAGUCUCGCUCGUUCCUGUCAAUAAGGGGUCCAUGUCAUAAAUGUCACAAUAAAACAAUCUCUUCCUUUUUUUA